AUGGCGAGCUGUAUAUGUUUUGGGAGUAAACAAAAUGACAGAGAUGAUGAGAGAGACAAGAUCUCUCAACUUUCAGACGAUAUCAUUCACCACAUCCUUCGCUCCACGAACUCGACAAAGACGGCGGCCAGAACCAGCCUGCUGUCCAGACGAUGGCGCGAUCUCUGGCGCUGCUACCCUGUCUUGGAGUUCCACGGCGGUGGCGAUUCUUGUUCGGUAGGAAAAGAGAGAGCCAGCAGCUUCUUCUCGCCAAGAAGAUGGCGCAAUUCUUCUUCUUCUCCUUCUCCUGCAGCAGAAGAAGCAGCGUCGUUCUGCCGAUUCGUAGCCGCUGCUUCGAGGAGGCUUCCUCUACUUGUUCCGCUUCCACUGGUGGAAUUCAGGAUCUCAAUCGUCUCUGAAUCUUGCCACGAUUACUUGGACCAGUUACUGCUGUCCAUCUGCCGCUGCCUAUCAUCAUCAUCAUCAUCUACAUCUCCAUUAUCCCCUGGCCCGCUGGUUGACUUCACCAUUGAAGCAGGCAUCGAAAGUUAUUACCAGUUUCCGCGAGGGAUGGCGUUUCCCGAGCACACACGAGUUGUAAAUCUCGUGGGUUGCGAUCUCACAGACAGCAUCAGUAACGUGUCAUCUCUCGGAAUGCUUCGGGUUGUCCAUCUCAACCACGUCGCGCUGAGCGAGCAGCUACUCCGCAGCUUCCUGACGAGCGCUCCUCUCCUCGAGUCAUUGCGGUUGGAAGACGUUUGCUGCAUAUCAAGGCUGGCAAUCGCCUCCACCGCCAAGAGCGUGAAGACCAUCCAGAUCCGCGGCCUCUCCGAUCUCCAAGAAAUCCGCCUCGCUACAGCCGCCCCUGUCCUGGAGACUCUGGAGAUCGACACCGUGUGCGGAUUAGUCGGGCUGGCCGUGGAGCCUUCCUUUUCGGCUCCCAAUCUCAGGGUGCUGAAGAUCCUCGGCGUGUUCCUCGCGUUCACGAUGCUGGAUCUCCAUGAAUUCGUCUCUCGCUGCUCCCCCUCGCUGGACACGCUCUGCCUCGACGUGACCAGGCGCGGCAGGGUGAGGCUGUCCGCGCCCAAGCUGAGGACACUGACGCUGGAAGAUGCUUUCGGCAGCGAGGUACGGCGGGAGCUUAAGCUCGAGUUCGAGAUCGACGCUACUGAUUUGGUUACCCUCAACUUCACCACUUCCCCUGCUGGCUUCCCAUUGAGCAACCUCAACUUGGUCAACGUGGCAUCAACCUGCCGAUGCUUCAUUCAAGUGCCGGAGGCGACCACGAGGCAGUGGCUCAUUGAGUUGAGGCAGUUCCUCUUCCGCUUCAGCAGUAGCAGCACUCAGCCCCGAGUAGACUUGCACUUCCACUAUCUCGAUGUCUCAAGAGACCAGGCGCCUUUUAUCCAAGCUGCUGCUGCUGCUGCUGCUGAUGACUACUCCCCGCCACCUCCGAGUAUACAUCUACUGCGCUUCGCGGCAACGGUGCGGGACAUUGGCGACAUGAAGAAGAACGUUGCAGCUUUCGUGGAUGGUGUGUUCUGGAUGUGCCGUCCGCAGUUCAUAUUGGUCAAGAGCACCCAAAACAAGUCUGGCUACAAGCUCUUUUGUGAGCACAUGUGCAGGGUAUUGGUGAACCGAAACCACCGAAUUCCUGACUGUUGUGGUGGCGACGCUGCUGCUUCUUCUACUGGUAAGUGCUGGAGGUGUGAUUUGAAACAUGUGACCAUACAGAUUGAUAACGGCGGCAGUGCUCCUCAUUCGAUGGAGAUUUCUGAAGACGCGAUACAAUCCCUUGCAAUCCCAGAUGAAGUGUGUUUCAUGCUUACGUGGUGUUAA